UGUUUUUUUUCUGUCGGUCACAUCCAAAGAACUCUAGUUGGUAAAUUGAGCUCAAAUUUUGUUCAGUAGAUUGUGCAUUUCUGUCAAAACCGUAUCAGUUGUUACAGAUGAAAAGUUUCCAUGAGUUAGUGCCUUUUUUUCAAGACAUACAAAUAUUUUUAUAUGAUUGGCUCCCUGGUUUUUAGAAGGCUUAUGCUUGGGAAGGGUGAAGCCAUAUCCCCAUAAAUACAUCUUGGGACUGUAGAAACUUCCUGGCCUAGUCUGUAAUCAGGUUUGGAAUGACAGCUCAUUCCAGAUAUUAAGUGUUUCCCUCUAUAAAAUAUACAGUUUAGGGGAAGAAAAGGGCUUGGCUAACUAAAAAAUGCUCUAAGGUUUUUUUAUUUCCCAUAUGUGGGAGCCAGUGGGAAAGUCUUAAUGAAAUUUAGGUAUGGAAUGCUCUUAACUUGCAUCUAUUUUAAAUUUGGUUCUUUGCUGUUUAUAAGAGGCAGAGUUUGAAAGGUGGAAUUGAGGGAAAUGUUGGAAAAAGUGCUUUUAAUAAUUAUUUAAUAUUUUUAAUAUUGUAGUCCUAUUUGAGAAAAACAAACGGGACAAGAAAUUUCUCCAUUUUUCUCAAGUAAUCUCCCUUCCAUCAUUCCCCAGAAUUACUUCUGCCCGAGGGAGUCAGUGCAAGAACCAGUUUCACAAUUAAUUUCUGCAAUUUCUGUUUACCAAGCUUGUAAUAAACAUAAUUUCCUAGUGUUAAAAAAAUUACAUGUAUCUAAACAAAAAUUGCAAAUUGAUAAGGUGGCUAAGCUGGGUUUUCCUGUGCCUGCUUUUGCCUGUGUUUAAUGUCACCAUUGGAAAGCUGCCUCUGUUACAGUGCUUUGAAACACUCUGGUUCUCCAAAUGAUACCUGGACUGUCUCCCAACCUCCAGAUGCAGGAACUAGAUUCCUAACAUUAAUUAUCCUAAAAUACAAAGUUAAGUGUGGCUAAAUUUUCAUGUCUGCCAGCUUAACUUUGCUAUUGCACUUUAAAUAUAUUUGCUGCAUCUUUCUUAGAGCUCCCACAGGUGACAUAAGCCUAAAAUAGCAUUUGCUGCUGAGUGAGGUGGUGUGUUAGGUACUGUGCUUCUAAAUCACACAAGUACUUCACUCAAUUAACACAUCAGUCUGACUAGCAUCUGGCGUCUGCUUUUCUUUUUAAAAGCAACUCUUAGAUUCUGGAAGCUUCUGAACUCUGCUGAACCUCUUAGUCUUUGCUGUGUUGGUUCACUUGCAGCCCUUUUGUCUUUUUGUAUGUUUUUAGACAAAUGGGCUGAGCAGCUGGCACACUGCAGUCCAAAACCAAACACAAGUAGUAUGGUAGGACCUGUCUCCACAUGCUUGAGAAGCCAAAACCGCAUUGUUUCAAUUGUGGUUCUGAAGACCAUCAAAUGAAAGACUGUCCAAAGCCACGAAAUGCAGCUCGCAUAAGUGAGAAGAGAAAGGAGUUUUUGGAAGCUUGUGGGGAAACGAGCAAUCAGAAUUUUCAGCAGCGUUAUCAUGCGGAAGAAGUAGAAGAGAGGUUUGGAAAAUUUAAACCAGGAGUAAUUAGUGGGGAACUUCAAGAUGCACUUGGUGUCACUGACAAGAGUCUUCCUCCAUUUAUCUAUCGCAUGCGUCAGCUGGGUUAUCCCCCAGGCUGGCUCAAGGAGGCUGAAAUGGAGCACUCAGGACUUGCCCUUUAUGAUGGAAAAGAUGAUGGUGGAACGGAUGAUGAAGGAUCUCGUCAACCAAAACGCAUCACUUACGACGUCUCUAAGCUGAUAAACUAUCCAGGCUUUAAUAUAUCCACUCCAAGUGGGAUCCCAGAUGAGUGGCAGAUGUUUGGUUCCAUCCCCAUGCAGCCAUCUCAGCAGAAGGAUGUUUUUGCUCACUACCUUUCUAAUUUUCAUGCGCCAAGUCCAAAAGCUAGCAAUAAAAGGGCUGCCUCUCAGUCCAGCUCUCAUCAUUCAAAGCGACCAAAAGAAGACAAUUUGGAGGUACCAGCAGCCGACAUGGACCUGGAUUCUGAUCUGGAAGUGUCACAAAGACCUCAAACUCAGAACAGUUUUGAGUUCCAACCUCCACUGCCACCUGGGAGUCCAUCAAUAUCAACUCCUCCUCCUUUACCACAAGGAACACCCCCAACUCAACCUUCAACACCCACCCACACUCCUCUUCCCAGGACUACUCCACUGUCAAAUCCUGAUAAUCCUGAGCCAAAAAUAGUGGACUCAGUUAUGGAUGAGGAUACUCUGACCUUGGAAGAGCUGGAGGAACAGCAGCGAUUAAUCUGGGCAGCACUAGAGCAGGCAGAAAGCACGAACAGUGACUCUGACAUUCCUGUUGAUACACCUUUAACUGGGAAUUCUGUUACCUCAUCACCCUCCAGGAACGAAGUGGAUCUUGUUGCAGAAGUAAGAUCAUCUGACAAGGUGAUUACAGUGGAAACGAAGUUUUCUGACAUCAGUGAACAGACAGCAGGAAAGGAACAUUCUAUAACUAGUCCUAAUCCAGAAGAUAGUUUACUUAACUUAAAGGAAAAUCCAGAUAACACUGAUUCUGAGGGCUUGCUGGAUAACACCAUGCCUGCUCCCAACAGUGACAUUAACAAUGGAGAAAAUAUGGGUGGUGAUCAAAUGCUCACAAGCAUUAAGUCAUCUGCAAAGAACUCCAGUCUUGUUCCUGACAUGAGCAAGUUUGCUGAAGGGAUAACACCAUUUGAAUUUGAAAAUAUGGCAGAAUCAACAGGUGUCUAUCUGCGAAUAAGAAGCGUGUUAAAAAAUUCCCCAAGAAACCAGCAAAAGAAAAAGACUUCAUCUUAACUGCUCUUCCUUUGUUUCGUUAUGUCCAAAUCUCUGCUUCCUUCUGUCCCCUCCUCCAGUUUUACAAACUCGGAUAACCUUCCUCAUCCUUUUGUGGGAAGGAGAACAUCUUGACAAAUACAGCUCUGCCCCGUUCUUCCUUGGAACUGAAGUUAGUGCAGGGCCUCUGUACUGACCAGGACCACCAAUGUGCACAGGAAAUACAGAAGAAUUUUCCCAAAUUAUAUUCUUCCACUAAGGAGUAACAGGACUGUUGAUUUGUUAAGAACGAGUUACUUGCCAAUACAUGAAACUCUGAAGAGUUUGUGGUUUGCUGUUCUUUACUUUGGCUAAGAUUUUUAUUGUCCUUAAGUUCCAGGUGGAUUGGUGAUGUUUUUUUAAUAUCUGUCCUUUGUACAAUAAUCUGUACUUUAUACAUUUUGCUAAUUAUCCUGUAGAUAAGUUUAAUAUAUUCAUAAUGUUUUUAAACACGUCUUAACAUUAAGAUUUCCCACAUCAAAAUCCUGGCAAUUGGAUGAAAAUAAUCAGGGAUUACCACCAUUAUUGUCACCAUUUCAAAUAUUUUUAUAAACUAUUUAUGUGGGUCAGUUUUAAUUACCACUGUAUCUUUUGUAACAUCAUCCUUCAUGUAAACUUGCUGUACAUACAUGUUGAUUGUUGUGUACAGAGGUUUAAUAAAUGAGCUUUUAUAGAAA